AAACGGAGUGUGGUACACCGUUUAGUAUUUGACCGGUCGCGAUUCGGACGACGUGCGAAAGCGGUGGUGCGCGCGCGCAACGAUACGAUAUAUACAAGGUAAUAUGCAAAGUGUGUAGUCGUGUGCUCCGAGGAGAGGAGAAAACUCGAUCUUUAUCCGGGAUAUAGAAUCCCGUGGUAUUCAAGCGCGUGGUGGAGUCGCGUGCUCCGGGUGUUUCGUGUUCGAUAGUAAUCGUCGCGUUGUUAUACGUUUAGCAAAGUGUAACGAAACUUGCUGUAUAAUCGCGCGUGUAUCGCGGCUCGACAUCGGCGGCGAGCACGUGAAACUGUUGGCGUUGGAGCGCGGUUCCCGUUGUCCGCGCGUCAUGACGCGUCCCGAGCUCUCGAGCUCGCGAGCCAAUGACAGGCAACGCGACCACGAGCCAACAUCGCGAUUUCGAUGAUAUCCUCGAUCGUUUCGCUUUUUCCUCGCGAGAAGAAGGAAGCAGAGAAGACGAAGCGGGUGGAGGCCGAGUUUCGUGACGCGUUCCGCGGGUAUCGCGCGUCUGACAUCGAGGCUGAUCGAGGAUCGGAUUAGAAGGGCGAACGACGGGCCAUCCGCAAGAGGCCGGGCGAAACUCGCCAACACCAUGGAUUGGUGGUUGCGGGGACGGAUUAUCUACACCUACUCGUUAUGGGUCGUGUUCAAGGCAGCAGCGGUGGGCGGUAUUUUCGAUUCCAUGGUGGGGGAGAUGGUCGUCGAGGCUGGGAAGAACGUGACGCUGAAUUGUCCCGGUGUGACGGAGAACUCUCUCAUACUGAUGCUCGAAUGGCGGGUUAACAGUAUGCAGUUGCUCGAGUACAGCAGCAACACCACGAUAGUGUGGAACCAUCAGAACAGGGUUUCGUUGUCGUUGAAGAACUACUCGCUCCAGUUUCAUCCGGUCACCGCGCAGGACACCGGCGAGUACACUUGCUUGGUGAACAGUCGCAGCAUGCCGGAAGCUGUCAUCAGUCUCAUAGUUCACGAUGUGCCUGAUCCACCGGACCGCCCUCUCAUAUCCAACUUCACCUCGAGAUCCGUGCGUCUAUCCUGGGUGGCGAGUCGUAAUUCUCAUAACAACCCGAUCUUGUACUACGUCAUCGAAACUCAGACCGGGGUAGGCGGAGCAUGGAACGCAACGGAGGAAAUCGUAACACCGAACAACGAUACAACUUACAACAUCGAGAAUUUGCAGCCGUUCACAGUCUACAGUUUCCGCGUGUCAGCGGUGAACGCCAUGGGAAGAAGCAAGCCAAGCGAAGAGACCUUCCACUCCGUCACUCUUCGAGAAUUGCCAUCAGGAAAACCUAUAAUUACCAGCGCUCAUAAUACAUCUGCCACAUCUAUAUAUUUGGCGUGGAAAGCGCCCAGCCCUGACACAAUUCACGGCGAAUUUCUUGGGUAUCGAAUCGGGUAUAAACCUCGAGACAAACCUUAUAUGGAAGAAAAAGAAGUAUAUAUACGCAAUCCAGCCAUUGACAAUCAUACAAUCCGCAAUCUACAGACGUACACCCAAUACCUGGUGUCAUUACAGGUUUUCAAUCCGGAAGGACAUGGUCCUGCAACUACCAUCUCUGUAAUGACCGACGAAGGAGUGCCAACGAAACCGUUAAACUUAUCGUCUCACGGCAUCACCUCCACCACCAUCGAGUUGUCCUGGGCAGAGCCUGACUACGCCAAUGGGAUCAUUUCCGGUUAUCGUAUUUACUACAUGCAUUCCAAUUACACCGACGUCCAAAUGUACAGAACGGACGAGUACGAUGGGCCAAUUAUCGAAUUCGUUUUAAAGGAAUUGGAACCGUACACCGAGUACGAGAUAUGGGUAAAAGCUUACACGUGGAAGAACGAGGGCGAGCCUUCGGAGCACAUCAUUCGUCGGACAGAUAUUUCAGGGCCGAGCGCUCCGUUGAUCUUGAACGUCACUUGCCCGACCCACGACUCCGUCUACAUCCAAUGGGCCAGGCCGAACAUCUUCUGGGGCUCGAUCGACUACUACUUCAUCAAUUAUAGGAUCGAGAAUGACAAUCGUUACGAAGAGAUCGAAGUGAUGACGGAGAAGAAUCAUCUCGAGAGCGCGAUGAUCAUACCCAACCUGACGAUGAACAGCGUAUACGAGAUCGUGGUACGCGGAGGCACGCGGAGCGCUAUCGACAAUCGGCUGAUUAUACGCGGAGAAGGCUCUGCUCCACAGAAGGUGCGCGGCAUUCGCGAUUGCAACAGAGCACCACCGUUAUUGCCACACACCACCAUAUGGUUCAGCAGCGGAGUGAUCGCCGGGAUGAUCUGCGCUUGUCUCGCGGUGAUGCUGAUGAUCACCUCCUUCGUGCUGUGGAAGCCUUGCCUGAGGCCAAUUUUCAGGAAAUGCUUCCACACCGCGUACUACUUCCUCGAUUAUCCACCUCGCAACGUGCCCACGCUUCAGGAAUGGGAGAACAGCGAACAGGACGGCGAGCGUACCGCGGUCGCCAUUCAGAAGUUCGUGCAACACGUCGCGAGCCUGCACGCGGACGGGGACAUCGGAUUCAGCAAGGAAUACGAGUUCAUUCAAUCGGAGAGCGGCAAAUUCACAGCGGAGAAUUCCCAAUACGUGGAGAACAAAGCGAAGAACCGAUACUUGAACAUAUUAGCCUAUGAUCACACGCGAGUUCAAUUGUUGUCGUGCGGCGGAGGACCGCCGAAGAAGGGUCACGAUUACGUGAACGCGAAUUACAUAGAUGGCUGGCAGCGUACUCGCGCGUACAUCGGUACGCAGGGUCCGUUGCCACCGACUUUCGACGGAUUCUGGAGGAUGGUGUGGGAGCAGAGGGUGUCGAUCAUCGUUAUGAUUACGAAUCUCGUUGAACGUGGUCGCAAAAAAUGUGAUAUGUACUGGCCUAAGAAGGGGUCUGAGACGUACGGGUGUAUUCAAGUGACGUUAUUGAGAGAGGACGUUAUGGCUACGUAUACCAUUCGUACUCUUCAAAUUCGUCACAUGAAGGUGAAGAAAAGGAAGAAUGGAGUCAACAUGGGAGAACGUAUAAUUUGGCAAUAUCAUUACACCGGAUGGCCUGAUCACGGGGUACCUGAACAUCCGUUACCCGUUUUAAGCUUCAUCCGAAAAUCUUCCAACGCUAAUCCACCGGAUGCGGGGCCUAUCGUUGUUCACUGCAGCGCCGGCGUUGGCCGCACGGGUACCUACAUUGUUAUCGAUGCCAUGCUGAAGCAGGCUAAGUGCAAGAACGAAGUGAACGUGUUUGGAUUUCUAAAGCACAUUCGUACACAGAGAAACUUCUUGGUUCAGACCGAGGAACAAUAUGUGUUCAUUCAUCACGCUUUGCAAGAGGCUAUUGAAAGCGGUGAAACCAAUAUCGAGGAAAACAAUCUGUUAGAAUAUGUGCAAGACAUGUUGAGUCCCAACAACACCAAUACCGAUGCGUGGAACAACCUUGAAGCUCAGUACAAGCUGGUGACUUCGUGGAAACCGAAAGAAUUCAAUCUCGUGUCCGCGAUUAAACCGUGCAAUCUUCACAAGAAUCGGAAUCAAGACGUAAUUUCGAUCGAAACGGCUCGCGUCCACUUGACGCCGAAGCCCGGGAUCGAUGGGAGCGAUUACAUCAACGCCACAUGGAUUGCUGGCUUCCAUCGCAAUCGUGAGUUCAUCAUCACCCAACACCCAAUGGAGAAUACAAUAAUGGAAUUCUGGCAGAUGAUGUGGGAUUACAACGCGCAAACUGUAGUUAUGUUAACCGAAUGCGACGAGGAGUAUCCCGAAUUUUGGCCUACCGAGGGAAAAGAUUUAGAAUCGGAGACUUUUCGGGUACGAUCGUGCGGAAUCAAGGAAACGGCGAGUGGAAUGAUACUGCGCGAAGUGGCGGUCCGAUCUUUGCAAGACGACUACGAAUUGAGUGCCAAAAUCGUGCAAGGGCCGCGAUCCCAGCCAGGCUUUUGGCCGCACAACGCCAACCCGCGACCCCUCGUAACAUUGAUCCACGAUUUGCAUCGGGAUUACCAGAACGGGCCUAUCGUCGUAAUGGACAGGUUCGGUGGUGUCGAGGCUGCAAUCUUCAUUUUGCUCACGACAUUGAACAAGCAACUGGAGUUCGAGAAGAGUGCCGAUAUUUAUAUGUUCGCGAAAUUGUUGUACAUGAAACGACCGGGAGUAUUUCGAUCAAAGGAGGAUUACGCGUUGCUGUACCAAUGCCUGGAAACAAUGCUGUCGUCGAAAGCCCACGACGAGCCGGAUCUAUACUCGAUGGCGAACGGCCACGUGUCGACGAUAACGGAUCCGGCGGACGUGGCCACCUCGUCGAUGCAACACAUGCAGAUGGACUAUUCCCCGAAAUCGACGAUGAUCAGGGAAUACGCGACGGUCGAAGUGAACUCUAUGUCCGACUAUUCUAUCCCGAUCCGAGUGGACCACUCGAUGGAACCGUGCAGUAGCAGAAGCAGCGAUAGCUGUAUGUUCGCGCAUACGGGGAACGAGCACGAGAAGAACAUCGUGAUGACCCAUAGGAACGUAAGCUAUCACAAUCAUCCGGGCAGUGUCUCAGUUAUUGUUGACGCGAACGGUUACGUGACGAACGGCAGCAUGCGUAUGAGACCAGAGGGUAUGGAGUCGAGCUGUAAGAUGUUACCUCAAUGAUGCCUGCCGAUCUUCGGUUGCAGUGUUUCCUCGAACCGGUCUGAGCCGCUGUAACCGAUCGAGCUCCUCACUGCCCGAAGUGUAAUCCUGAUUCUGCCACAGCGCAAGGAGUUCCAAAUUGGACACGUCUUCGCACAAACGGAAUAAUAACGGCUAUUCGAUCGUGGGAUCAGCCUAAAGAGGAUUCUCUCUCAGUUGUACUGUAAAUAAUAAAUCGUUAGAUGUAGGCGCGCGUACGCGUACGCUCUCGAGGAUGUCGGACGUCGGCGAGGGUGCGCGUACACGUGAUUAAUAAAAAGAAAUAACGUGAGACGAGGCUUCCCGUUUCUCGGUGUCGUUGGGUGCCAAAAACAAAUUUUGUUAAACGCACGCCACCAUGGGGCAUCCUCGUUUAACUUCGUUCAUCAAGCGUGAGUGUACACACUUCUCUCGUUUUUCUUUUUUUUCUUUUUUGUAUGUACAUACACCGACACACGCAUAUAUAUAUAUAUAUAUAUAUAUAUAUAUAUAUAUACACAUACCAUUCGCUCGCAUACGUGCACACUUACAUAAUCACUUACUCGCGCACACAUUUACGCAUACACUUACGCGACACUUCACCGGCGACCAUACAUCGUGUAAAUACGCGUGUACGUUUAAAUUUGCACGCGUAAUAUGCGUACUAACAUGCAAGUUGGAUCAUUCGACCACUUCUUUACCAAAGAAUCGUUUGUACUCGUUAUUCUCGUUUCGUUUUCGAAGUCCUUCCCUAAAGCGGUUUUAUUAUUCGAGCGAUCGAACAGUCGUGCACGAUUUUUUUCUUGUCAAAUUUGUGAAUUUACGCGAAAGAAGAAGAAGACAUCGAAUUUCCACGAUCUUUCACCCCUCUGUCUCUUCUCAUCGCAGCGAAUAUGCAAUGUCACGAGGAAUUGAGGAUUCAAAAAAAAAGAAAAAAAGAAAAAAAAAAUGUUGUAAACGCGUCGUCGUGCCUCCAUUCGAUUUUCUCGAGGUUUAUUACGAAAUAUUAAUAGCGGGGGAAAACGUUUAGAGAAAAAGAAAGAAAGAAAAAAAUAUGGAAACAAAUUAUAGAGAAUCAUGCGAAGCGCGAUGCAAUCAAACUCGUUCAGAGAUAUUUGCGAGCAUUUGUUAUAUACGAUUAAUCAUGAUCGAUCGAGAAUAAUCGGUAAUAAACCGUGAUGAAUCGUGGUUCAAUCGCUGUUAAAUUAACUCGAUGAAAAUUAGUUAACAGCUAGCGAACGUGAAAUCUGUUUUUACGUGUGUACGUUUCGUGUCUGCGCGCGAGUAAGAGAAAGAGAGAAUGAAAAUGAAAGAGAGAAAGAGAGAGAGAGACGAGCAAACGUGAUCUAUCUUCCCUUCUAAUUAAUUAAUGUCGUAAUCGUAUACACUUUCUAACGUGUAACAUUCGAAUUGAACGAAACGCGAAAGAUGUAUCGCAGCAAAGUUGAAGUGUAGUUAGAGUUUUCUUCAUAGCGCGAAGAAAAGUUUCGUUUCCCUUGUUCGAUUUUUUUUUUUUGGAUUUGUCAGAUCGAGCGUCGAAAAUCUACGGCGACGAUUAUUCGAGACGUUCGAUAAUUAAAACGAGAUUAAUUUCCAAUCCUCAAAAAUCCCCGCUCCGGUGAUAUCGGAGAUCUAAUCUAGAUCGGUAUAUCAACGACGAUUCAGCAACUUUUAUACUAAUUAAUUGCUGUUCAAAAUCAUGUGAUCCAGUGAGACUACUUUUUUUUAUUGUGAUACAAAAGAAAAAAAAAAGGAAAAAAAAAAGAAAGAAAAAAUGAAAAAGAAAGAAAGAAAAAAAAAGGAAAAACACAAACAUUUGGACACUUUGUUGUAAAAUUAUUCUGGCCACGAGAGUUCCUUUGCAGCGCGCGCGAUCAUUUUUCUAUCGAAUCUACCAUCCGUAAAGACUGUUUUUCUCACCUAAAAUUCUUAUAUAGUCUUGUACCGUACAAUUAAGACAACGUUACGUGAUACGGAAACGAAAACUGCCUGUGACACCUUCGAUCCAUCUACUGUGCGUGUUUUUUUACCGUCUUAUAUAUAUAUAUAUAUCUAUAUAUAUACAUGUAUAUCGUGACUAAUCGUUGACGAACGAUCAAUCGUCCUUCGUUUUUACCUUUUACUGCUGAUUAAUAGAUCGACGACGUGGAAGAUUAUUAACAAAAAAAGGAGGAGAAAAAGAAAAAAAAAACGUAAGGAAAAAAUUAAAAAAAAGAAAAAAAAAGAGAGAGAGAGAGAGAAGAAGAAAUUAUAUGUGUGUGCAUGUACAUAUAUGUAAUCGUGUCCAUUUUGAUAAGACGUGUGUAACGUGUGUAAUCCAGGAUUGAACGAUCUUUUUAAAUUCGUCAUCGGUUUUUUCAAAAUGUCGUUGUCAAUAUAAUUAACUAUUUAACUAUGUAAAAGCUUGCUUCUUCCUUCGGUCCGAAUCGACGCGAUCGAAAAAUGAGGAACCAAAUGUCUUUUCUUUUUUUACUAACGAAACCAGUUUAUCGAUAUUUCAUUGAAAUUAUUCGAAGACAUUUAUUCUUAAAAAAAAAAAAAAAAAAAAAAAGAAAUUUAAUCGCGUAACACGAAUUGAAACAAAAUUGGUUCAAGGAUCCCGAAGGAAGAUUAAAAUAAAAUUUAAGAUUUAAGUAUAGUUCGCGUGUCGGAAAGAUAGGAGAUAACAAUUAUUGAAAAAUAAUUGAAAAUCUAAAUUCGGCGAAUAUUUUUCUUUUUUUUUUUUUUUUCUAACUUUCGGACACGUUUCGAAGAGAAACAUAAUUAACGAAAAGUAAUUAACGCAAAGAGAAGAGAGAGGGG